UGCUAAAACCCUCUUCUUAAACCCUCAAACCUUGUUUCUACCAUCGAUCUUUCGCCAUCAAAGAAUUUCAUGUAAACAAAGGUUUCUUUAAGAACGUCUAAACCGGGUGGGAUAGACACAGUGCCUUGUCAACAUGCCUGCCAGGAUUAAGCCUGCUCUUUAUGUGGAAUGCCAGUAAUUUCUUGCAGUCGAGUUAUGCUGCAUUGUAAUCUUAAUUGCUGGACCAAUAAUCAAAUAGGUUAAUCAAGUUCCACUACAGAUUAAUGCGCUCCCAAACCAGCGUGUCAUGUCGCCUUUGUUCUUUAAGCCUCUUGGACGGUGUUUAGGGACUGUGACGUCACAUCACGGUUGUCCUACAAACAAACAGACGACAGGGGUUGUAGCAGACGACAGUUUCAAUGGCGCUCAAUGAUGGCACUGUGCUAAACGUGUUACAGGACUUGUACUGUGCAUUCUGACAGACCAAAUGGAGGAAGACACGGAUACCGUUAUCUAUAAGGGCAAAGGGAAGUCGACAAAGAAGAAAAAGAGACACAAAGACGCCGACACACAAAACGAAAAUGCUGAAGUGGGUGAGAUUAAGGACGUUGUUGCUGCUGACAGCGUCUCUGCUAAGGACUCCGUGGUAACCCCCGAGUGCAAACCGUCCACAAGCAAUGGCUGUGGUGACGAGGAUGGUAAAUCUAUAGAGACGUCAGACACUUCAAGCGUUGUCAACGACGUCGAACCUCUAGUAUCGGUGAAUGAUUAUAAGGCAAAGGUUGAAGGGGUGAAAAACAAACUGAAAUCUUCCAAAACCCUCAUUGACAAUGAAAGCAAGAGUACAGAACAGAAGAUUGUGAGGACAGGGUUCUGGGAUAAGUUAAGGUUUACAAUGUCCCAGUCGGUGACGGACGAACAGGCAGUGACAGAAUGUCGGCGGAUGUUCCGGGAGGAGAUGGUGAGACUGAGGAGAGAGGUUGAGGAGUUCCGGGAGCUGUGUCUCCAACAGAUUAAAGUUCAGAAACAGUGUGUAGACGAUCACAGACGAACGUGUGAGAAGGAAAUAACUGCUCUGGUGCCACGAAAUGGUUUUAGUCGACGCCUGAGUGUGGUGAGUGAGGAGGGCAGCCUGCGGGAUGAGCUGAAGGAGGAGCUGAAGGAGAUGGAGACCAGCAUGGAGUUCUUCCAGCAGAAACAGAAGAUCCUGGAUCAAGAGAUGGAGCUGCUCAAUAAGGAGGACGAGUUGUCAAAGAAGCAGAAGGAUCUGGAGGAGUAUGAGAAAGAGAUCCAGGAGGUUGAGUCAUUGCUCAAUCAACGACAAGCAAUUUGUGAUCGGCGACAAAAGCAUCUGGUAGUUCUUGAUGAGGAGCUCCAGUCCCUGCGCCAGGACCUGGAGGAGUCCAAGGAACAGAUGCAGCAGGAGGUCGCUGCCAACGGGACAGAACACCACUCAGAGAGGGCCAGGAAAAACUGCAGCGCACUGAGUCCUCGACUGAGAGGUGAAGAAGACUGGGACAUUGUGCGGCGCAACCUGAUGGACAAGCAGCACCUGCUGGAGGCCACUGUCCAGAAGUACAGGUCGGAGCUGGCCUCGGCAUCCUCCAAUAUUGCAGGGAAGGAAAUACUCAUUGGCAAAUUGCAACAACAGCUGACGGAAACAGAGGGAAUGGUGAUUGUCAGUGAGAAGAAGAUCAAACAACUAGAGACAAAACUUGCUUUCUCUGUGACAGAAGGUCGUAUUCUAGAGGAACAGUUACAUGGUGUAAAUCGGAAAAACUCUAUAAACAUAUCCCCUGAUGAUCUUGCCAGGAGAGGGUCUUUCUUUCACAGACAGACAAGUUCUGACCCUUCGGGGUCCAAGUCAGCACCAAAAUCACCACUGCUGAGACAGCGCGUUAAUGAUCUCCAUGGCGAUGACAGACAUCCAAAUGGUGGUUUGUCACCCCGUUCUAGUUCGUUAUCCUCGCCUCAAGGGUCAUCGGUGAUCCGACGCCGGUCCAUGAGGUCCAACAGUGUUGCUGGUGACACUCUGUCAAAGUAUGCUUCCCGAGAGGCAGAGUCAGAAGGGAGGGGAAGUGGAGCUUGUACUGUCAUGUGAUACCAGAUGUAUAUGUUAAAUGUAGAUGCAAGGUCUAUGAAGUACAUGGAACAACAUGGAUUUCCAUGCAUAUCGCCCACCUAUAUCAAUACCCAUAUAACAACUGAAGUCAUUCUCAUGAAAAUGGAUCUAGGUGGUGGAGAAGGAAUUAAACGCCAUGGCCUAAUUUCCAUGCUGCUUUUCAUACAAUAUAACAAUGUGUGCAAGCAUCAACAUUUGAUGUCAAUCACUGGAUUGUCUGGUCCAGACUCGAUUAUAUACAGACAGCCGUCAUAUAGCUUGAAUAUUGCUGAGUGCGGCGUUAAACAACAAACAAACAAACAUUUGAUAAACGAAACGUGUUUGUGAGAGCAAAUAAUGAUUGUACAUGGGAUGGGGUUGGGAUGCUGUGUGGUGCUGGGAGAUUUCACUGGUGUUGGGAGACUUGUCAGAUUAUGUGGUAGAAAGGUAUACAACCCACAGGUUUAAAUCGACUUCAGCAAUUUCCUACCCAUGCUUGCCGUAAAAGGUGACUAGAUGGAAUAUUACUGAGUGCAGCUUUAAACAAAAAAACAAAAACUGCCAUUUCCUUUCACAGCACUUCACCUGACACCUCGAAAUACCGAUCCUGUUUCUCACAUGUUCAAUCAGUAUUUUAUAUACCAGAUUUACGGCAGAUGCUCAAUACCUGAAGGUAAAAGUAACCCUGAUCAUAUUGUGAGUAUGGUUUUACAGAGACACCAGAUAUGGGCCUCAAACAAUUUGCCCAUAUGGGGGCACCCCGUUAGACUACUCCACACACCUCUGAUCAUAUAGAUGUAUUGCCAACUGAAAAGUAAUAAUUAUUAUACGAAUAAUAUUACUUUACAGGUUGAUCAAUAAUUUACUGAGCAGAACUAACCAUUUUUCAAAGCUGACCCAAUUUCAUUAAAAUCAGAUCUUAGUUCUCACUACCGAUAGACAAAGAUCUAAGGACACCUUAUUCCAGGUGAUGUCGGAAUGACCUUUCAUUUGACCGGUUAAAGCGUCUCUAACCAGAAAGUGACAUUCGGAAUGUGUUUUCUGAUCAUGUAACCUCGAAAAUCUAAACGCUGGUUAUUCCGAAUCCUUCAAAAACAUCAUCUAUCUCUCGCUUCAAUGGGAUAAAUGGCCUAUUUGAACGGAACAGACUUUGUAUUACCCAUUACUGCCAUACAAUCUAGGGCAUUAAUAAGCCAAUCCAGUAUGUGCUUUUGUUCAGUUUUCAAAUUUCAAUCGAGAACUUCGUCAAAACAUUUUUCAAAGCGUAGUCGACAGUUUGAAACUAGUGUCGUAUAGCUUGAGAAAGCUGCUUUCUGAUUAGCUUAUGGCGACUUCUUAUUAGUCAUUUUAUUGGUCGGUCAAAGUUAGCGAAAGGUCUUUCUGAUAUAACCCGUAUUGAGAUGUCCUCAGAUCUUUGAUUGCAGUAUCGAGAACUAAGAUCUGAUUGUAAUGAGAUCUCAACGCAGGGUGAAAAUAACAAGAUAUCACACAAUUGUUCGUGUUCGUAAGGAUUUAACACAAGGAAUUUGUUUAGAGUCAUUCUGUAAAAUAUGAAAUAUUUCACAAAGCUUGUGGAUCAUUCUUCAGCUGAAUAUACACCUGCACAUAUUUUAUCACUUGUACAUACC